CGCCCGCGGCGGGGGCGGCGCGCUGCCAGAGGGUGCCGCCGCCCGCAGCGGCGCCGCCCGCGGCGACAGCUGGCGGAGGCCCUGGCGUUGCCGGAGGCUCCUUGGCGCGGGCGUGGGCUGCUGCCGCAGCUGGAGGUCGGGCGACGAUGCCGGCCGCGCCCGCGCAGGGCGCGGAGGACGCCGACGCGCGGCUGUUCUCGCUGCUGCUGCGGGCGAGGGACUGCCCGGAGGCAGCGUCGUGGGUGCCGCCGGGCGAGCGGCGCCAGGUGGUGUUCCUGCACGGCUGGCUGCAGGAUCACGCGUCGUGGCUGACCACGGCUCACCGGGUGCGGGCGCGCCACGGCCACGACUGCCUGCUCCUCGACUGGCCGGCGCACGGCCGGUCGCCGGCCCCCGCCGACCCCACCGCGCUCUCGGCGACGACGCUCGUGGGCUGCCUCCGCCGGCUGCUGGAACGCGCCGGCUGGGCGGGGUCGCGCGGCCGGCUGGUGCUCGCAGGUUGCUCGCUGGGCGGCGCCGUGGCGAUGCGCUACGCGAGCCUCCACGCCGACGACCGAGGUGGACAGGUUGGUCCUCGUCGCGCCCGCAGGCUUCGAGGAGAGCCGUGGUACAUGCUGAGCAGGCCGGGGCCGCUGCUGUCGAGGCUGUGCUCGCUGCCGCUGCUGCCCCCGCGGUUCCGCGGGCGGCUGAGCAUCGUGCGGCACACGCCGCUGUACCAGAACGCGCCCGACUGGUUCGCGACCGCGGUGGCGCGGCGCACGCCCACGCUCCUCGUCUUCGCCCAGUUCGACGAGCUGCAUCGCGCGCAGGCCUGGGCGGGCUGCCGCGCGGGCGACCCCCUGCUUCGCCUGCGCCGGGUGCUGGCGAACCACCCGCUGCUGUGCAGCGCCGCGGUUGGCUGGCCUGCCCCCCAGCUGCGGCCGGUGCGGAGCCGCGAGCCCGACUGUAGUGAGGCCCGCUUCGCGCGCGCGCGGCCGCGCACUCGCGGCGCGCGCCCUUUUUCCGCGGCCGCCAGCCCUGGCACCGCCCAGUGGGUGCUGGAGCGAAAUUGAGAUUGGGGCUUUAUACGCGAUGCCG